CCUCCUCCGCCACCUCCCCUCCCACUUCGUUCUCUCACUCCACCCCUCAUAGACCGUCAAGAUGUCCGAACGCAAGGUCCUUACCAAAUACUACCCGCCCGACUUCGACCCGGCGCAGCUUACGCGCAAGAAGAAAGGCCCCAAGCCCACAGGCCCCCGCGUCCAACCGGUGCGGCUCAUGGCGCCCUUCUCGAUGAAGUGCACCUCGUGCGGCGAGUAUAUCUACAAGGGCCGCAAGUUCAACGCGCGCAAGGAGACGCCUGAGGACGAGCGGUAUCUGGGCGUGCAGAUCUACCGCUUCUACAUCCGCUGCACGCGCUGCUCGAGCGAGAUCACUUUCAAGACGGACCCUAAGAACCAGGACUACACAUGCGAGCGCGGCGCCAAGCGAAGCACCGAGCCGUGGCGUCGCGGCGUCGACGAAGAUGAGACGGACGAGCAGCGUCUCGACCGCCUGGAGCGCGAGGAGGAGGAGGCCGAGGAGCGCAGCGCCAUGGAGCAGCUUGAGGCCAAGACCGUCGACGCUAAGAGGGAGAUGGCCGUCGCCGAUGCCCUGGAUGAGAUUCGCACAAGGAAUGCCCGGCUCGAGAGGGCCCACGGUGAUGGCCUGCUGGGCCCAGAGGCUGUCGUGAAGGACGAGCAGAAAACCAAGGAGGAUGAGGAGGAUGCCGCUGCGUGGGCCAGGGCACAAGGCCUGCUGGAGGAGGCCAUCACCGAGGAGGUGCUCGAGGACGGAGACGAGGACGGCACCACGCCUUCGAGCAGUGGUUCGGAGAUAGCCCCAGCCCCCAGUGUCAAGAGGAAAGCAGAAGAGGACAACACUACGCCUGCGCCCACCUUCAAGCGCCAGGUGAAAAAGAAGAAGGAAGUUCUGCUCCCCGGCAUCAAGAAGAAAUAGGUUCACUUUCCAGAAGUUCGAAACUUUCUCCGCAGACCAUGCAUGCGCAAUGUGUUGAGACAGCCGUCCAUUGCGCAGCGAUAGAGAGACAUUUUCACCACUGAUUCUCGAAAUAUAGAUAUAGCAGACCAUGAUCAAUAUGACAUAGCAUUUUCGCACUCAUA